CGAGUACGAGAAGCCGCGUGUAAACGUCAACAACGAGAGGCUGCUCCCGAUGCUACACGCGACUGCGAGCGCGCAGCGAAAGCGGCGGCGCGAGCCAAGCAGCACGCGCAGCCCGACGCUCGCUUCAAACGUGACUUCCUGGACCGGAGCUUCGGACACAGCUGCAAGGUGUGUGAUAGACCUUGGUUCGACAACAACCUCACGCGCAUCGGCAACAUCCGUAAGGAAACUCAUCGGACCAACGUACUGUCAGUUCUUUGCAACGAGUUCGCUGACGCCAGCAACGACGACGACGGUAGCGCCGACGGCAAGAGCAAGACUGACUACAACGACUACGUUGUGUGUGCGUCGUGUAAAAACUCGUUGAUCGCGGGUCGAGUCCCUGCGAUGAGCGUGAGUUACGGCUACCGCUACCCAACUCGACCGGACCAUCUACCCGAGUUGAACACGGUGGAAGAACGGCUCAUGGCUCCUCGACUCCCGUUCAUGAGCAUACGACGCUUGACGCAUGGCAACGGACAGUUGCCAUGCUUUUCACGAUGUUUACUGUUAUAG